AUGACUUCCUCUGCUGUGAAGCGAGGCAAGGCCAUGGAAACAGAGGGGCCAACGCCCAAGUUUCUCUAUGCCAUCCUCAAACAGUUGGAUUUGAAAUCGGUGGACUGGAACUUGGUCGCCUCUCAACUGGAAAUCUCCAACGGCCACGCCGCUCGCAUGCGCUAUUCCCGCUUCCGACAACAGAUGGAAGGAACAACGGGAGCCAGAGCAGCUAAAGUCAAAAAAUCUGCCAAGAGAUACCCGAAAGGCGAUCUCAAAGCUCAGAUGCUCAAUGAUACGCCGCCACCGCCACCGCCGCCGACUUCGGGCAUCUUCAUGAAACAAGAACCUCUCCAGCCGGCUCCCUUCGUGAAAUGGGACCCACUUGCGCCAAAUAUGCCCACUCUGUCCGAUAUCCCGCGGGCAUCCUAUUCUCCAAGUGAUGAUUAUUCUGCGUCGCCGCCGCCAGGGAUGUAUUGCUUCCCCAAUUCGAUACCGUACUCUAUGGCUCCAGCUAUGCCAUCCAUGUUAUCUGCAGCUGAUUCCCCAAUGCCCUCAACCAUGAUACAGUAUGCAAAAAUGCCAAUGAGGCUGAUGGACACCAGCAUGUAUGAGUAUGGAAUGCCCCCAGGGCCGAACCCUGGCCCAACCAUCUCAUUCGAGCCUCGGCCACAUUCCGGUAUGGGUUGGGCUCCAGUGAAAGUGGAGAGGAAUAAUGAGGAUGAUUCAGAUGCUGUGAUUGUCAAGGUUGAGAAGUCAGUAAAUCAGAAUCAGUAG